UCAUUGAUUCAAUGUUUCUAUGUUGAUUUCAAUACAUAACCAUACCAGAAAGAACAAUAUGUGGCAAGAGGAACUGAUAUUAUGGAAAAUUCUUAAAUUUCGCCCUAUAAAUAGAGCAAGCCAAUAUCAUCAAUUGAAGACAAAUAGAAAUAAAAAUGGAAGGAGAUGGAGAAAGUUCACACACUCAAUUUACUAGUGCAAUGAAUCUUACAAAGUCAGGAACACUUCAUGUGCCUGAACGUUUUGUUCUUCCUCCAUCUUAUAGGCCAAAUCUUGGUCACUCCCCUUCUAUCAUCCUUCCUAUUGUUGACCUUUCCUCUUUACACGAUCCUUCCCUUAGGUCUCACGUUAUAAAUCAGACACGAAAUGCUUGUAAAGAAAUUGGAAUCUUUCAGGUUAUAAAUCAUGGGAUCCCUCUUUCUGUAAUGGAAGAUGCUCUGCAGGCGGCAACAGACUUCUUUAACUUGCCUCUCGAGGAGAAAAUGCUUCUACUGUCUACCAACGUGCAUGCACCGGUAAGAUAUGGCACCAGUUUAAAUCAUGCAAAAGACGAGGUUCACUUUUGGAGAGACUUUAUCAAGCAUUACUCCCAUCCCCUCUCAGACUGGAUCCAUUUAUGGCCUGCAAAUCCUCCAAGUUACAGGGAGAAAAUGGGGAACUAUGCAACAGCUGUGCAAAAUUUACAAAAACAACUAAUGGAAGUUGUUCUAGAGAGCUUAGGCCUGACACCUAAGUACUUGCACAAUGAGAGUGAAGAAGGAUCACAAGUUAUGGCCGUAAAUUUCUAUCCAGCAUGUCCUGAACCACAACUCGCAUUAGGGAUGCCACCACAUUCAGACUAUGGAUCACUGACAAUCUUACACCAGAGCUGCACUGGUUUAGAGCUCAUGGACCGGGACAAGAACUGGUGCUCAGUUCAAGUGACUGAAGGAGCACUGGUAGUUCAGUUGGGAGAUCAGCUAGAAGUAUUAAGCAAUGGCCAAUAUAAGAGUGUGGUUCACCGAGCAAUUGUUAGCUCUGAGAAAAAGCGGAUUUCGAUAGCAAGUCUUCACAGUUUACCUUUAAACAAUAAAAUGGCGCCGGCAAAAGAGCUUGUAGACGAACAACAUCCAGCAUCCUACAAAGAGUUCAGUUUCGGAGAUUUUCUUGAGUUCAUCUCAAGCAAUGAUAUACUGCAUGGAAGGUUCAUUGAUACACUGAAGAAGAAUCCAUGA